AUGCAUUUCCCGACCCUCGCACUCUUCAGCCUCCUUGGCUCCGCCCUCGCCAGCAAGGCCUCUGUCCCACCCCAGCGUCGCCAGCAGGAACAAGUCUCCACCAUACAGACGCGCAUCGCCGACGUCGCAGGCAUCGAGGCCGCAAUUGCCACCGCCAGCGGCGAGGUCACCGCCUUCAGCGACGCGGUGGCAGCCUUCGACGGAACCACUCCGGAGAACUCGCUCGCCUUCCUCACCUCCUUCAGCGGCCUGGGCAUCUCCGUCAACUCCGCCUCGCAGACCGUGCUCGUCUCUGGGCUGCUGAAUGUUGCUGACUCGGCCGCCGUGUACCCGGACGUUGCGCUGUUUACCACCUCGCUGUCGCGUGCUGUUGGUGGGGUUCAGGCAAAGUCUGCCCCGAUCGCCGCCAGUGGUUUCGGCGGCGUCGUCUGCGCCUCCCUGGAGUCCCUGUUGGUCGAGGUGGAACUGCUACUCGAGACUGUCGAAGCUGUGUUUGACAUCUCGUACGAGAAUCUGAUCGGCGUGCUCGCCGAUCAGGUCGGUACCCAGUUCGAGGUCGCCAUCGGGGCCUUUUGCCUGGCCUGA